AUGUACCGACAACGGCAACAUAGCAACAUCGACACACCUGCCACCCCAGAACUCCCCAUGCCUCCUGGAUAUCAUCUGGAUAUUCUGCUGUCACCAUCGUCCAACUGUACUCAAUUAACAAGCUCUCCAGAUGGCCUAGAAUUCUCUUUACAUAUGUGCAACAGAAAUCUGUCAGACAAAGACCCUCAAGUUAUAGAUCACAAUUUCGGACACAACAUUGUCAACCAUACAGACCCAUAUUGCAGUGACACGUCCUAUAACGGUCACCACAUGUUGUACAAUUCAAGCAAAAUCCACUUUCCUCUGGCUCAUACCAAGCCGGGUCCAAUUGCACUAUCACGCCGGGAGCAAGAUCCCGAACGCAAGGUCGCAAAACUGGAAAGCAAAGUUGUCUCACUCAAAGAGAGGCUUAACUCUUCCCGCAAAUCUGGGAAGGUCCUCGAGCAUGUAAUUGCCAACAACGAUCUCCUCCAGCAGGUCCUCGGUCGCAUGAACUCUAUCAGCGCUGGCAGCUAUCCCCCAUUAAUGAAAGCCUCUCCUCCUGGGGUCGUUUACUAG